AUGGUAUGGCUUGACUUUCGUGAUACAGCAGUAGGUCCUUUUGAUACAGCUAUGGAAAAAUUAAUUGAUCAUAUACAGAUGCAUGUCUAUAACGAGGAACCCGUGUUUUUUCCAGAAAAUAGACCCUACAAUCGCCCUCGGCCUGUCCGAACCACUCACGAUGAACAGGACGAAGACUCGGACCAUCCCGGAGCUGCUCCUCUAUGUCGAAGAACAACGACAACAAUUAACGCAGUUCUAGAAGAAUUCGUCUCCCUUGACAAUGGCAACGAUACGGAUAAUAAUGAUAUAAACGACGAUGAUUUGAGCUCAACUCUUUCUGACCUCGUUCUACAGCAUACUUCUAAUGAAUCGACUGGGACCAAUAAUCCGGAGCGGUAUAGCGACGCACACCAAGAACCACAGAUUCAACUAUCACCAUUACAAGGCUAUGAAAACGUUCCGCUCGUCAGCCUUGAAAAAGCUGUUCAUCCGUUGGAACCACUCAUAAAAAAUCUACCGAGUUUCGUUUGGGUGGCUAAAUCAAAUUCUAAAGAACCAAAAGAUGGAUUAACUCAAGAUGAAUCAGCAUCGAUCUAUCUCUAUUCCAUGGAAUGUCUCUACACUCUUUUGAAUGCAGCUCUUCGCAGCGAAAAUCGUAAUAAAUUGAUUUCAUUCUACUACUAUUUGAAACUCUUUCUAACGGCAUUAUGGAAACUACCGUCUAUCAAGUGUGUAGUAUGGAGAGGUAUCAAAGGACAGAUUGGCGAUAAGUUUCCGACAGGAGAAAAAUUUAUCUGGUGGGGAAUUUCUUCAUGUGCUCAGUCAAUUGAUAUACUGGAAUCAGAUCAAUUUCUGGGUAAAACUGGCGCCAGAACACUCUUUAGUAUUGAAUCUAUCAAUGGAAAGUCAAUACGAAAUCAUUCACACUUUCCUGCUGAAGAUGAAGUUCUACUGAUGCCAGCUAGUUAUUUUCAAGUUGUUGGAAGAAUAGAUUCAGGUCACAGCCUCACAAUUAUUCAUAUUAAACAGAUUGAACCACCGGUUCCUCUUCUCUCUCCUCCGUCAUCCUCAAUGAGAUUAUUAGUGUUAGUAAUCGUUUUUUGUUUAUUCUUAUAUGAAAAUAAGGAGUUUCAUUUUUUCUAUCUUUACAGUCCUCCAACCACCGAUCAGCAACCAGUGCUUGACCAUUCAUAUAAUGAUAUCUCCGAUGAUAGUGAAACAUCCUCGUCUACUCAGCCUGAUACCGCUUCCAACAGUACGCCAAGACGUAUCAUGCCGAGAGUCACGAGUCAGGACUUACUUCGUACAGCUGCUCCUCGACCAAAAGAUGAAUUAUAUAAAAUGAUUCUAUCGUUACGCAGCAAUGUUACAGUCGAUCUAUCAAAUAAACAACUGUACGAUGAUGAUUUAAAAAUGAUUGCAGAAGAAUUGAGAGUCAAUCGGAAAUGUACAAGCCUAACGUUGAACUCCAACAAUUUUACUGAUGACGGUAUAAAAACUUUGUGUCAUGCUCUGAGAGGACAGACGAAUAAGAUACUGAAAACUCUCGUACUUUCAUCAAAUAAUAUAUCAGACACAUGUGUUCAACAUCUGGCUACUAUGUUAAAAACGAACACCACCCUACAAACUUUAGAUCUAAGUGAAAAUGAAAUCGGUGAUUCAGGUAUGGAUCAAUUAACCACCGCUUUGAAAAUGAACAACAGUCUAAGCCGUCUCUAUCUUAAUAAUAAUCUAAUCACCGAUGAUGGAAUUCGUCAUCUGCUACAACUUCUAAGACGAAAUAAUACUCUGACACUAGUAAAUCUUAGUGACAAUCAGUUUUCAAGAGAAUUUAAACGAAAUUUUGUUGAAGAACUAUCGAAGGGUCACCAAUCAUCAAAGACUGUACUUCUGUAA